AUGCGCUCUGCCCUGGCAGCGGCCCCGUGCAGAGCCCUGAGCGUGUGGCAGCAGUGCGGUCGUGGUCCCUCCCUAUGCGGCCUGGUUUCUAGCGUGACACGCCUUUGACUUGAGGACCAUGAACCGCAGCCGCCAGGUGACGUGCGUGGCCUGGGUCCGCUGCGGCGUGGCCAAAGAGACACCAGACAAGGUAGAGCUGAGUAAAGAAGAAGUAAAACGCCUCAUUGCUGAGGCAAAGGAGAAAUUGCAAGAAGAAGGUGGUGGCAGUGAUGAAGAGGAGACAGGCAGUCCUUCAGAAGAUGGCAUGCAGAGUGCACGCACCCAGGCACGCCCAAGAGAGCCCCUGGAGGAUGGUGACCCAGAGGAUGACAGGACGCUUGAUGAUGAUGAGCUGGCUGAGUACGACUUAGAUAAAUAUGAUGAGGAAGGUGACCCAGAUGCUGAGACUCUUGGUGAAUCUCUCUUGGGUCUUACAGUCUACGGGAGUAAUGAUCAAGAUCCUUAUGUUACUCUGAAAGAUACAGAACAAUAUGAACGUGAAGAUUUCUUGAUUAAGCCCAGUGAUAAUCUUAUAGUUUGUGGCCGAGCUGAACAGGACCAGUGCAAUUUAGAGGUGCAUGUUUAUAAUCAAGAAGAAGACUCUUUUUAUGUACACCAUGAUAUACUCUUGUCUGCAUAUCCUCUGAGUGUGGAAUGGCUGAAUUUUGAUCCUAGCCCAGAUGAUUCUACUGGAAAUUACAUUGCUGUAGGAAACAUGACCCCUGUUAUUGAAGUGUGGGACCUUGAUAUAGUGGACUCUUUAGAGCCAGUCUUCACACUCGGAAGUAAACUUUCAAAAAAGAAGAAAAAGAAAGGAAAGAAGAGUUCCUCAGCAGAAGGGCAUACCGAUGCUGUCCUUGACCUUUCAUGGAAUAAGCUAAUCAGAAAUGUUUUAGCAAGUGCAUCAGCUGACAACACUGUAAUUCUGUGGGAUAUGUCCUUGGGGAAACCAGCAGCUAGCCUCGCUGUACACACAGACAAGGUCCAAACACUGCAGUUUCAUCCAUUUGAAGCACAGACUCUGAUUUCUGGCUCAUAUGAUAAGUCAGUGGCUUUGUAUGACUGCCGAAGUCCAGAUGAAAGCCAUCGAAUGUGGCGAUUCAGUGGGCAGAUAGAGAGAGUGACUUGGAAUCACUUUUCACCUUGUCAUUUUUUGGCCAGUACAGAUGACGGCUUUGUAUAUAAUUUGGAUGCACGUUCAGAUAAGCCAAUUUUUACACUUAAUGCACACAAUGAUGAAAUCUCUGGUCUUGAUCUUAGCAGUCAAAUCAAGGGCUGUCUCGUGACUGCUUCAGCUGACAAAUACGUGAAGAUCUGGGACAUCUUAGGAGAUAGGCCAAGUCUAGUUCAUUCUAGGGACAUGAAAAUGGGAGUUCUCUUCUGUUCUUCAUGUUGCCCUGAUUUGCCAUUUAUUUAUGCCUUUGGAGGUCAAAAAGAAGGGCUUCGGGUCUGGGAUAUAAGCACAGUCUCUUCAGUAAAUGAAGCAUUUGGAAGACGAGAGAGGCUUGUUCUUGGGAGUGCAAGAAAUUCAUCUAUUAGUGGCCCUUUUGGCAGCAGGAGCUCAGAUACACCCAUGGAGUCUUAAUGAAGAUCAUCUAAUUUCCUGCUUACCUUAACUGGGAAUUUUAAAAAGUUGGCCUAAAAAUGUUCCAUGCGUGGCAGCAACCAUGCAGAGUGACUGAAACACAAUUCAUUUCUGACUGACAUUCCUUUCUGCAACUGCGGUGGCACCACAAAUAUCCGGUCUUUGUGCUUGCUCUUCAGAUGGAUGGUUUGUAAGGCUCUUGUUGCAUUUCUUAAAAAAGAGUAAUAAAAAGGAUUUUUAAAAAGUAA